AAAAUACCAUAAAAUACCGAUAUUUCGAUAAGAGUGUAUGGUAAGUUCUAUGUUGACGAAUUGGAAUUUUAAAUUGAUAUCUUGAUAGCAGAAUAAAAUGAGCAACGUCUACAAAGACCACUACCAUGUUCUGGGCUUGGCGAGAAACGCCAGCGACAGUGAGAUCAGAGAAGCUUUUCGGCGGUUGUCCCUGCAAUAUCAUCCCGACAAAAACGAGAAUGGAGCGGGGGAGUUCCUUAAAAUCAACGACGCCUACCGCGUGCUAAUUGACCAUCAUAAAAGGGCUUCGUACGAUCGUCGCCUGUCGUUUAGGGACUUAGAAGCCAUCAUUCCGUCCGAGAACGCUAGUGGCCAACUGUCUGAAUUACGAAUCAUCAAAACAUCGCCUGGUAAUUUCCACAAAAAGCUCAAAGUGGCUGUCGUAAUCGGAGGCGUGCUGGUUGGCACCUAUGUGGCGUACCGGGUAUUCCAGAAAUCUCCGCCAAUAAUCCCAGUUCCCCAGCCAAUCACUCCUCCAGCUAUUCCAACGCAGGAACUAAGCGAACUGCAUCCCGGAUACCUAUGGACAUUGAUCUCCGGGCUAGUGACAUUGAGAUCGAAAAGAAUACUGAGUCUCGGAAAACUGGCUACAGGAGCAAAUAUUCGAGUUUCUCCUAGUACUCUGAAAGCACCCUUAUCUUCGGCUGCCGAAGUCGUAGCCAAAACAGUAAUCCAAGGGCCAGGAGGCGUAGGUUCAACUGCAACUUCCAGUUCGUCCUUAGCAACGCCAGCGAACGUGGUUGCCAAAAUGGCGAAAACACUUUUCAAGGGAUCCCGAUCUGGACUAUACACAGCUUCCAAAACAGUUGUGGUACCGAGUACCGAGAUUUUACAUUGGUCCAAAACGGCAGCAAAAUGUACCCUUGCUACCUUGAAGAAGGGUACAUCCUAUGCUAGGAGUCCAGUCCCUUCGGGUUCUGUGCUGCUUUCAAGCAUACCAUCGGCUUUACGCGCUUUUGCCGGAACUUUUCGUCCAGCUUUAGUAAAAUCCAAGAACAUUGUUGUGAAGAAAGCCAGCGCCAGUUGGAUACAAAAAAAACGCCUAUAGAGCAAAAGGAUAAGGUGCUUAUACUUUGGCUUUUCCUUUAAAGCAUCAAUAAUAAAAGAUAUUUAGUAAGAGUUACACAAGGAAAGAGUAAAUUAAAAUAAAUAAUACUUUUCUAAA